GAGAAGAAGGCGCAGUCUGAGAGACACAAAAAAGGCAGAGAAAGGCCAAAGGCAGAGGAAAUAAAAUCUGCCCAGGUCAGGAAAGGCUUGGCUUUGUUGGCACUAUGAAAAGCUUUCUUUCCUGGACAGUCCUGGCAGCCCUUGUCCUGUUGCACAUCUCCCAGGCAGUCUAUGUUCAGGAUGGAGACUUGAAAUUCCCCCUGGAGUCUGUGAAGAAGCUGAAGGAGCUCAUGGAUAGGAAUGGACACAUCAACCCUCGCAUGAUGGUUCCCAUGGGUAGCUAUUCCCUAUGCCAAGAACAACACCUCCCUGAGGAAUUCCUGCCUGUGUGCAAGAGGGAAGAUGCACCAAUGAUUUUUAGGAGGCUGAGCCUGGCUGCCGAGGACGACCUGUGUGAGAUCUGUGCCAAUGCUGCCUGUGCUGGCUGCUUCUGAGAAGGUGGAAAAACUCAUGCAAGACAUGUCCUGCUGGGAAGUUAGUGCAUUCCUGUGGCUAGAUCAUGUACUUUCACCAAUCAAUAUUCCUGGACUUCAUCUCCCACUCCAGCCAAACUGGAGCUGGCAGCUCGCGGGGACAUCCCUGCAGUAUUGUAGCACCUGGAUCAGGUGCCACUACCAGAGCAGUUCUGCCAGCAAGGAAGCUGUGACUCCUCUGAGAAGUGCAGGUACUACAGAAGUUGUGUGAUACUGGAAUGGAAAUGCCCUGUGUUUCAUUUCUCACUAUUUUGCCUGGAUUUGAACAAGCUGGGUGAAACUCAGCAUCCUCCGUAGCCUUUUUAAUAUCUUAUAUUUAAUGUCCAAUAAGUAGUAUCUCAUCAUUAAUAUCUGUGAUUUUGUCUCCCCUACACACAACACCACUGGCUUAUUCCCUUUCCCAGUCCCUCCUUCCUAGUGUGUUAGAUCCCUUUCCUUUCCAUCUGUCUGCAGGUGACACCUUUGAGUUUGUAGCAGAACUGCAACAAGUAACUCGAGCUGAAUUCCUGGUGUUUACGAACACUCUGAUAGCCAGAAAUCAGACUGUUCCUUGUACUGAUUGUUAUUGAUUUAGGGAAUGGGUGUAGAGUAGCAUAGGAACACUUCUUCCCUGGAUAUCAAGGUUCUUUAAACUCUCUUUGGGAGAAAGGAAUUCCAAAGUGCAGUGCUAGAAUCACACUGAAAUGAAAGCAUUGCCUGUUGUUUUAUUUAUUGGUGGUAAGAUUGUAAAGAAAUAUUCUGCCCAUAUCUAUAUGCUGUACAGGCAAUAAAAAGAAUAAUAAUUUGGA